GCUCGCGCCCCGAUUCCUAGCCCAGCCUGUGAUUGGUGCAGGCCGCGGACCUGGCGGCCCCGAAUGCAAGGCCCCUGCGGCCCGCCGACCCUCAGCCGGGCCCGAGCCCGCUGUACGGCGCAGGGACCCGCACAGCUAUUUGUGAAAGAGCUUAGCUGACUAUGGAUCCAGGUGGUGGGAGCCUUGGAUUGCAGACACACGAGUCCAAAAUGCCUCACACUAUGAUUAUGCAAGAUUUUGUGGCUGGAAUGGCUGGCACUGCUCACAUUGAUGGAGACCAUAUUGUUGUAUCAGUUCCUGAAGCUGUACUAGUUUCUGAUGUUGUCGCAGAUGACGGGAUAACUCUUGAUCAUGGUUUAGCUGCUGAAGUUGUCCAAGGACCUGAUAUCAUCACUGAAAAUGAUGUUGUAACAGAAGGUGUAAUUGUUCCUGAAUCUGUAUUGGAAGCUGAUGUUGCUAUUGAAGAAGAUUUAGAUACCAGUGAUCAUGUUUUGACUUCUGAUCUAAUAACAGAAACUGUUAGAGUUCCUGAUCAGGUUUUUGUGGCUGACCUUGUUACGGGUCCUGAUGGACAUUUGGAACAUGUUGUGCAAGACUCUGUGUCAGGACCUGACUCGCCCACAAUGGUUUCAGAAGAAGUUCUUGUAACUAAUUCAGAUACAGAAACUGUGAUUCAAGCAGCCAGUACUGUUCCUGGUUCUACGGUUACAAUAAAAACUGAAGAUGAUGAUGAUGGCAAGAGCACAUCUGAAGACUACUUAAUGAUAUCUUUGGAUGAUGUUGGAGAAAAAUUAGAUCAUAUUGGAAGCACACCUUUAAAAAUCAGCUCUGAGGUUUCACAUGAUGAUGUUUCUAAAGAUGAUGGGUUUGGUUCAGAAGUUAUAAAAGUGUAUAUAUUUAAAGCUGAAGCUGAGGAUGAUGUGGAAAUAGGAGGAACAGAAAUUGUCACAGAGAGUGACUUUCACAAUGGACAUUCUGUUGCUGGCGUAAUUGAGCAGGGAGGUGUUGGCAGAAUGCAGCGAGAGAAGAUGGUUUACAUGGCUGUUAAGGACUCUUCUCAGGAAGAUGAAGAUAUUAGUUGUGCUGAAAUAGCAGAUGAAGUUUAUAUGGAGGUCAUAGUAGGUGAAGAGGAAGCAACAUCACUUCCUGACACACAACUUGAAGACUCUGGUGUGAAUAAAACUUUUGUUCCUGUUGCUUGGGCUGCUGCUUAUGGAGAUGAAAGGAGGCUGCCCAGAAGAUAUGAAGACUGUCAAACAGCAGGAAAUAACUUGGAUACACGAUUAGAAAACAAAAAUGGUAAUGCAGCACAGUACCUGCAAAUCUGUGAUAGCAUUAACACAAAUAGAGCGCUUAAACAAAAAGCCAAGAAGAGGAGGAGGGGAGAAACCAGGCAGUGGCAAACAGCUGUUAUAAUAGGUCCCGAUGGUCAGCCCUUAACUGUUUACCCUUGUCACAUAUGUGGGAAAAAAUUUAAAUCCAGAGGAUUUCUGAAGAGGCAUAUGAAGAACCACCCAGAUCAUAUGAUUAAGAAGAAAUACCAGUGUACUGACUGUGACUUUACAACUAACAAAAAAGUAAGUUUUCACAACCAUCUGGAAAGCCAUAAACUUAUAAACAAAGUUGACAAAACUCAUGAGUUUACAGAAUAUACAAGGAGAUAUAGAGAGGCAAGCCCAUUAAGUUCUAAUAAGCUGAUACUGAGGGACAAGGAGCCUAAACUACACAAGUGCAAAUACUGUGAUUAUGAGACUGCAGAACAGGGACUGCUCAAUAGACAUCUGCUUGCAGUUCACAGCAAGAACUUUCCCCAUGUUUGUGUUGAGUGUGGAAAAGGAUUCCGUCAUCCAUCUGAGCUUAAAAAGCAUAUGAGGACCCACACAGGUGAAAAGCCAUACCAGUGUCAGCACUGUGUCUUCAGAUGUGCUGAUCAGUCCAAUCUGAAAACACACAUAAAAACCAAACAUGCAACUGAUUUACCUUUUAAAUGUGAGCAUUGUCCCCAAGCAUUCACGGAUGAAAAAGAACUUCAGCAACACACAGAGUUAUUUCAAGGACAUAAGACUCAUCAGUGCCCACAUUGCGACCAUAAGAGCACCAACUCCAGUGACCUGAAACGACACAUUAUUUCAGUUCACACAAAGGACUUUCCCCACAAAUGUGAGGUGUGCGAAAAAGGCUUCCAUCGUCCCUCUGAGCUCAAAAAGCAUAGUGAAACUCACAAAGGUAAAAAGAUACAUCAGUGUAGGCACUGUGACUUUAAAACUUCAGAUCCUUUUGUUCUUAGUGGGCAUAUCCUCUCAGUUCACACCAAGGACCUGCCUUUUAAAUGCAAAAGGUGCAAGAGAGGAUUUAGGCAGCAAAAUGAACUUAAGAAGCACAUGAAGACCCACAGUGGAAGAAAAGUGUAUCAGUGCCAGUAUUGUGAAUAUAGCACUACGGAUGCAUCAGGCUUCAAACGACAUGUAAUAUCAAUACACACAAAAGACUAUCCACACAGGUGUGAAUACUGCAAAAAGGGAUUCCGUAGACCAUCAGAAAAAAAUCAACACAUAAUGAGGCAUCACAAAGAGGCCAUAAUGUAAUAUAUAAUGUUGAGAAGGAAGCAAUUUAAAAAUGGUGAUAUGCUAAUUGGGGAAAAAAAUCUCAUGAACUGUUUCUCCUGGUUUCAAAGCUUGAUAUUAAAUCAUAACUUUACAUUCUUUGUAUUAAAAGUCUUAAAAGUAUUAAGGUUGACAGGGAUCUCAUAGUCCUAUGAUUGUUGCUUCUCAGAACCUAAAAGGCAUGAUAGAAUGCAGAAAGAUGAAUGUCUGAAAGGUUGGAGAAAGAUUGCUGAAUGUCUUCUAUUUAAUAGUAUUAUACAUUGUUACGCUACAAAAAAUGAAGCUGAUUGUGUUAUCCAUUUCAUCAGUAACAGCAUUUGUCUCCAGUAUGAAAACCUUUCAGAUGUGGGGUUAUUUUUACAAACUUUUCGUCAAGGCAACCAAUUCUAACUUCUUAUUCCGUUUUAAAAAGAAUAUAAGUCAAUCACUUGGUCAUUAUGUUUUUAAAUUGUGCCUGGAAAUCGUAUUCCAGAAUUGGUCAACUUUGGGGGCUUCUCCCAUUGUUUUUUUGUUUGUUUUUUAACAUUUCACUGGGAAACCUUUUUGUUUCCUUUAUUAGUUUAGGUUCAGUGAGUAAUUUUUAAACAAAACUUUCAAGAGCUGCUAACCUAUUUUAUGGCAGGAUGUGAUGUUAAAAAUUUUGCAUUAUGUUACAAGCUCAGCGGUGGUGUUCUGGUGCUAGGGUUAAAACAUGUAUGUAUAUAAUUUCCCUUUUUUAUCUGAAACUGCAGUUGAAUGUUGUUCAGUAUGGCACAUGACAAAUACCUUUGGAUCUGAUUUUUUUUUUUUUAAAGGAAAAAAUGAAUGCAGCUAUUAGUCUUGUCUUGACACUUUUUUCCUACUACUUUAAGAUCUUCCCUAAAAAGAGUAUUAUAAAAGUCACAAUAGUUUUCUUGAAUAAAAAUGCAAAAUACUUAGAAGUUCUUUAGGUCAGUGUUUAUAACAGGUAUGUCUAUUACAGUCCUACCUGCUAAUAUAAAAUUUUCAACCUAGGUAUAAAAGUGCACCUUUUAAUCAAUUCUUUACAAAUCUCUACCAUACUAUAAACAUGCAUUUUCAGUCUGCAAGAAAGUAUAUAUGCAGUAUUUAACCUGAAAAAUAUGCUGCCACUAGAGUUUGGAGGUGGAUCUUCAGUUUACAGUGUAUACAUUUAAAAUAUGCAUCCCUUUAAACAAUGCUUUGUGUUAGCAUGCUGCAAAUCAAAUGGCGCUUACUAUAACAAGCUGGUCUAGGGCUAUUUAAUGAAAAACCUGCUCAUAAAUGUUAUGCAUAUAAUGUGUACUUUUUUACUUUUAGUUGCUUCAUGUUUGCACACAACUCUUCACAUGAUAAAUUGUAACUUUACCUCAUGCUAUAUUGUGGCUUUGUGUUUCAGAUAAUGAUCAUAUUUUGUUUUUGCACCAGAUGAGAAUCAGUUCCUUGAGAAUAAAUUUUUUUUUAUAUUUCUAAACUUCAGAAAGCUAAAUUGGGAAAUCUCUUAGAAAAAAUAAGUGUUUUAUGUGGCUGUAAAAAAUUAUGUACACGCUGUAAAAUAAGAUUGUCACUGUUACGUGGGAUUAUUAUUUCUUAAUGUGUUACUCAUUGUAAUGAGCAUACAAUAAAACGCAUCUCUUGCACUCCAA